AUGGAGACGGAGGCCUCGCCGCCGUCGCCGAUGAGCUCGCUGCGUGACAGGCUGAGGGCCACGGUGUGCUGCUGCUUCGGCUACGGCGGCGGCGGCGGCGGAGGUGGCCUCGGCGACACGGUGGCGCAGUGGCGCCGCCGCGUCGGCUCGCCGGGGGAGUUCCGGUAUGAUCCCCUCAGCUACGCGCUCAACUUCGACGAGGGCGCCGCCGACGACGAAGACGACGACUACGAGGCCGGCGACAACCACCGUGCCGACGGCCUUCUCUACCGGAGCUUCUCACCGCCGGCGGCGGCCAUCGCCGCCGUGUAA